AUGGAAAACAGUAAAAAAUACCAACAGCUUAUUAGGGCUUUGUUAUACAUAGCAGUAAACACGAGGCAGGAUAUUGCGGCAAGUAUCAUAACACUCAGUCAAUACAAUAGGCAACACACAACGGCAGACUGGUCGGAGGUGAAAACUAUUUGCAGAUACCUGAAGCGGUCCACGGAUUACGCGCUGGUACUGUGCUGGUCCUGUGGCAAAGAAAUGUGUUUAAUUGGCUAUGCAGAUGCAGACUGGGCCGAGAACCACAUUGACAAAAAAUCCGGCAGUGGUUACAUGCUCAAGUUUUCAAAUACUACGACCAGCUGGGGAUGUGGCAAGCAGACGUACGUUGCUCUUUCAUCAUCAGAGGCUGAAUAUAUCGCGCUAAUAGAAACAUGCCAAGCAGUCCUAUGGAUUCACACAGAUUGCUGGAGGAUUUCACAUUGA